AUGAGGCAACACAUACCAGCUAUUCUCGUGGGAAUCAAGAAAGGCUUUGGUCUUAUCAAGUAUCCAUCGAGUUCAACGCAUCUCAAAGUGCCGCUCUCAGAGCUCUUCUUGGCUCCCAGUGCUUUUAACCCUUAUAACGAUGAAGACAAGACUACCCACGGCGGUUUCGGCUAUGUCGAGGUGGCUGCUUCCUUGGUUGAAAAUGGCUCGUCAAAUGAUUUAUCCACCAAUCACCUGCUCCCCCAUGUUGUCCGUGUUGGUUCGGUUUUACCAUAUCGAUCAACUCUUGUUAAACUGGAGGAGAUUAGACCUCCCUGGACUGGUCUGCCACUUCCAGAGCGUCCGGUUGGUGAGCCGUCUGUGCAGCCGUUUACCAGAGACCAAUGUUUCGAAACGCAUUUUCUGGCCUCACCCGGAGUUCUCCAUCGUCAUACGGUGUGCAUACCAGUCUAUCUACCUCGUCUAGCAACUUCCGCUGAUUCACACUCCGCCCUGCUCAAAUUUUGUGGCGCCCCUUGCUUGGUCCAGUGUGAUCCGGAGCCUUUUCUCGCCAACGUCUUGGCGAGGCGAAUUCUCGCCGAUAGCGAUUCUGCUACCGUAUCCGGGCGCCAAACUCCAAGCCACGCAGAUUCUGAUGCGGUCCCAUCCGUCGCAGUCUCGGUUGAGUCACAGUCUUCCGUAGCAUCGUCUUGGCCCUCAACUUCAUUGAUAGCACAGUCUACCAUACUCAGUGCUCCAAAUAUAGCCGGUACUUUAAGUCCGGCCGGUGUCACUGAUCCAACGCUACUUUUGGAAGGUCUUCCAGGAGCAAAUGGUCCGUUGGUUCUACUGCACAUAUGGUCAGGAUCUUCAGAAGCCAUUCGACGGGCUGCUUUACUGGAAUUGGCACAUGUCCGGAUUCUUGUGUUUCGAUAUCAUGUACUUCGGAAGUUGUCUAACGGGCAACCGGGUGAGUUGGAUUUUGCGGAUUCCACGCAGUCUCCCGCGGAAAACGGAGACGCUCCAGCUAUGCAUUGUAAACCGAUAAGCAUUCCAAUUCAGACUAAUGCGGAAGGUUCUAACGCAGCCAAUCUGUCUGGCGGUAUCAUGAUAGGAUAUUCUGCUCAGUUCCGCAUUCAACCGCAGCUUAUUGGUCUUGCAAUCGGCUAUCGCAGCGCCACCAUUCAAGAAGCACGGGGAUUACCGGGUGUCCGUUCAGUCGACUUACUUCACAACGGUAUCGUUCACGUUGAGGCUGAGACGGUCGAGGCUUGUCAGGCCGUCCGCUCACUACUAGAUUAUACCGAAGCUGAGAUUCCCGUUUCCCCUCGAUUGGCCAGUCGCCUCAUCGGAUCCAAAGGCAUGAAUAUCCGCAAACCGGCGGCAUCAGCCGGAGUACGCAGAGCACAGUUGCUUGAUCCUUUGAUGAGAAAGAGGAGACAGCAACAUAUGAACCCCCAACAACUUCGUAUCUCUCCGGACCAGAACCAAUUUGAAGCAACAGGCGAGCUUAACCAAGAUGCGCAGUGCAACAAUGGGGAUAAAUAUGUGCCAGCUCAAUCGGGAGUGCUUGGUUCUGCUGUUGUGGACAGAGACGAGGAAAUUGCUCAAAUGAAGGAUGAGAGCCUUUCCCCACCCGCAUUCUAUCUACUUGGAACUCGUUCGGCAGUGGCGAAAAUGCGCCUACUUCUAGAGUUUCAAGCCGAUAACUGUAAUAGAGAGCUAACACUCUAUGACAGUCAACCUUUGUGGAUAGCCGAUCCAAACUAUCAUUACCUGCGAAGUCUUUCAAAAUCGGACUACUCAGGCUUCCCUAAUCUAGGAAGAAAGGAUGAUUCAUGCAGCUUGAAGGCGAAGAGCUUUAAACCGAAGGUUUCUGCUUACCGUACUACCCUGAGCCUGGUUACCGAUGAUGGCUUGCCAAGUGAUGAUUCAAAUAUACAAUAUGUCGUAGAUGAUCCACGGGCAGCACAAGUCCACUGGCGAUGUCUGGGGCAAAUUCGAAGAAGCAACGAGAGAUUCUUUCCUUGCACAUCUUAUCGAGAGCAAUUCCCUACAAAAUACACAGGCAUGCCAGAACGUCGCAAGCUGAUACACGUGCCCCAAGUGAGCGAGGAGAAGUUCAACUGCCAGUCCGCCUAUAGGAGUGAUUUCUGUCGGCCUACUACGAACUUAUUUGAAAGUCUGUGUAAAUACCCGGUCCCAAAUGCCGCGAACAUUCUACACUCAUUGUUACCAAAGCGCCUAAAGAGUGCGAAAAAUGAUGAAAAUAGCAGAAAUAUCCAGAAUCCGAAGUUAGCAAAUGUGACGAUGGAAAAAACGACAACAUAUGCAUUGUCCUAUACACCCAAGCAACAGCGCGACAUGCCAUCAAGGAGAACAGGUACUAAAUAUAUCAGAGAACCCCCAUUUGAGGUGUCCGACAAACCAGUUACCGGUGAAACGACCUAUCGAGCAACUUAUACCAUUAAAGACAAAGCGGACGAGAUCAACAACCAUAGAAUAGCUGCUGGUCUUGUUACACGUGGGGGACCUGUUAAAUACCAACGAGAAACGUUUACGUACUAUCCUGCAACCGCCUGCACAUUGGAUGAAAUGCCCAGUUGUUCUGAUGCAGCACGACGGAAUACAGCUGGCGGCGAGAGCUCCGAAGUACAACAGACCCGCCAAUUUGCAGAACGCAACAAUUUAUGGCCAUAUGUGGAACAUAAAUCAGGUUGCUUCUAUACUGUGAAGGAGCAAACUGUAACGUGA